AUGCGAACCAACCCAGACUAUAAAACCGACCUAAGUCUCGAGGCCCUAGCCGACCUGCAGGUACCCAGCGACCUCAAGGUCUCGCCCGACGGGACAAAAAUCGCUUACGUCCUGCGCGCAUUCCGCGGCGAAACCGACAAUCCCAAAUCAUCCCUUUGGAUCGCCGACGUCGGCAAGGAAAAAAGCGCCCGCCAAUUCACAUCGGGCCUGUUCAACGACGAGCUGCCGCAAUGGUCCCCCGAUGGCGCGUCGAUUGCAUUCCGGUCCGACCGGGCCCAGCCGGGCAGCGUGUCGGCUGUCUAUGUGAUGCCGCUGGGUGGAGGGGAAGCAUACCCCGUCACUCCGGCUGAGAAUCAAAGACAAAUCGCGAAGUUUGAAUGGAGUCCCAACGGCCUUUCAAUUGCGUAUACCAGUGUAGAUGAGAAGACGGACGAACAAGUCCGCAGGGAGAAGGAGAAGGAUGAUGCAAAGGUCUGGGGCGAGGAGUUGGAGUAUCGUCGUCUGCGCGUGGUGCAUGUCGCCACGAAACAGGUCCGGAUUCUUGUCGGCGGCGAGAAACAUGUCUUUGAUUUCUCGUGGAGUCCAGAUGGGCAGCACAUUGCUUAUGUGCAGCAUCGCGAUCCGGAUCUGAAUUCGGCGGGAUUUAAUGGCGCCGAUAUAUGCAGUGUGUCUCUUUCGACGGAGACAUCCUCCACUAUCACUCAUUUUCCGGGACCGAUUUCUCGCUUUGCGUGGGGAGAUUUUGGGAUCUAUUUUAUUGCAGGGUCUAUCCCGACGCACUGUUCCACAUCUCGUGUGCUAUACAGAGUUAUUUGUGAGGAGAGUUCGUACAUACAGCAACUUGAAACCUUGGGUGAGGGCAAUCUUAAAGAAAAUGACCGCCGGCUGGGAGAAGGAUGCUGCGCGUUUGGUCUCGUGAAGAAUCAAUCUUCGGUAGGUUGCUCGCUAGCUAUCCUUGUCCAGAAUGGUCUCGAGGAUGCAAUCUAUAGGGUUGACGUCCAAUGGAGCUUUGAGGUCUAUCGUGGGAAACAUGAUAUCGCCACGUUUGAUGUCGCUCAAACAAUGGAAGGUCUUGUUACAGCCAUCACCAAAUCCGACGGCUCAAACCCCGAAGAGGUCUUUUCCGUCUCAGAAUAUGGAGAUCCUGUCAAGCUAUCCGAUCACAACUCCACCCUCGCAGCUCUGAAAAUCUCAACAGCACACUGCAUCUCCACCACCGGUUCCGACAACUACUCGCUCGACGGAGUGAUGUACCUUCCAACCCAAUUCAAAGAAGGCGACACCCCACUUCCUACGAUCCUCCUCCCUCACGGAGGCCCAUACAGCCGCGUGGGCAUUGGCUUCUCAAUCUGCAACUUCGCCGAGGUUCCACUGCUCGUAUCAGCCGGAUACGGAGUGCUAUGCCCAAAUUAUCGCGGCGGCAGUGGACGAGGGCAGCAGCACGCCGCAUAUGCCCGUGGAGGCGUGGGCACCGUCGACUACGAGGACUGCAUCACCAUUCUCCGCGCGGCGAUUGACGAAGGCUUUGUGGACGCGUCCCGCGUGGCAAUCGGUGGCCAUUCUCAGGGUGGUUUUCUGUCCUACCUCGCGGUCACCCGUACGGGGUUUUCAUUCCGAGCUGCCCUCUGCAGCGCUGGCGUGACAGAGUGGGAUGUUAUGACUAUGACAAGCGAUGCGUAUUGGUUCGAGGCUGAUUUGGCCGGUGGUGCCCCGUGGGAUGUUGACUUUAAUGCUAAGGGGAACGGAAAAGAUGCUGGGGCGUCGAAAAGUUGGAUCCGUAAAACAGCCGGUCGACGAGGAAGUGCCCUUUGGCACAUGCGCAACGUCAAGACACCGGUUCUGAUCAUCCAUGGUGAGGCCGAUGAGCGCGUGCCUCUCUCGCAGGCUGUUGCUUUCUAUCGUGCCUGCAUCCACAAUAAUGUUCCCGUGAAGAUGGUUACGUAUCCACGAGAAGGCCACAUCUACAAGGAGAGGAAGCAUGUAAUUGAUAUGUGGAUGCGGAUGAAGCAGUUCUAUGAUUUGCAUCUGGGCUGA